AAGGGGCGGCGGGCUGGCCCCGAGCUUAGGCUGCUGGUCUCCGGAGGAUAACAUUUGGAGCUUCUAAAUUAGCACUGACCCUGAGGUUAGUGAAAAACGACCCCGGAAUGUGGAGGCCCUGACUCAGGGCCAAGAAGCGAAGUCCGGAACAGGAACUCGCAUGAAGGGAAAGGAGCCAGGCGCCUUGAAACGCUUUUCAAGGAUGGCAUCUGAUGUGGGGAUGUUGCUCCAAAGACGAGUGGAUAAGUGAAAUAUAGCCUCCUCUGCGACAACGUGGCAAGAGGGACAAAGACUUAGUUCUGAAGCUCCAGGCACAAUGACUCAAGCAGAAAUUAAACUGUGCUCUUUAUUGCUGCAAGAGCAUUUUGGUGAGAUUGUUGAAAAAAUUGGAGUCCACCUAAUCAGAACCGGCAGCCAACCUCUUAGAGUAAUUGCCCAUGACACGAAAACAUCCCUGGACCAGGUGAAAAAAGCACUUUGUGUCCUCAUCCACCAUAACCUGGUGAUCUAUCGUGUGCAUAAGCGCAGUGUGGUGGAGUAUGAAGCCCAGUGUAGCCGGGUGUUGCGAAUGCUUCGGUAUCCCCGGUACAUCUAUACUACCAAAACGCUGUACAGUGACACCGGCGAGCUGAUUGUUGAGGAGCUCCUGUUGAAUGGCAAAAUGACAAUGUCAGCUGUGGUGAAGAAAGUAGCAGACCGACUCACGGAGACCAUGGAGGAUGGCAAGACCAUGGACUACGCCGAGGUAUCAAAUGCGUUUGUGCGACUGGCAGAUACUCACUUUGUACAGCGCUGUCCUCUGGUUCCUGCCCCUGACAGUUCUGACCCUGAGCCACCACCACCUGCCCCGACUCUUGUCAUUAAUGAGAAGGACAUGUACCUAGUUCCUAAACUGAGCUUGAUAGGAAAAGGUAAGAGAAGGAGAUCAUCUGAUGAAGAUGCUACUGGAGAGCCCAAGGCCAAGAAACCAAAAUACCCAGAUAACAAAGAGCCCAGUCCAGAUGAUGGGAUUUAUUGGCAAGUCAACCUUGAGAGAUUCCACCAGCACUUCCGUGACCAAGCAAUUGUGAGUGCAGUUGCAAACCGAAUGGACCAGACAAGCAGCGAGAUUGUGCGGACAAUGCUCCGGAUGAGUGAGAUUACCACUCCCUCUUGUGCCCCGUUUACCCAGCCACUGUCUUCUAAUGAGAUCUUCAGGUCCCUGCCUGUUGGCUAUAACAUCUCUAAGCAAAUCCUCGAUCAAUACCUUACGCUGUUGGCAGAUGACCCCCUAGAGUUUAUUGGGAAGUCUGGCGACAGCGGUGGAGGAAUGUAUGUCAUCAACCUCCACAAGGCAUUAGCAUCCCUGGCUACUGCGACUCUGGAGUCUGUCAUCCAGGAGAGAUUUGGGUCUCGCUGUGCCAGAAUAUUCCGUCUGGUGUUGCAGAAGAAACACCUGGAGCAGAAGCAGGUGGAGGACUUUGCAAUGAUUCCUGCAAAAGAGGCAAAGGACAUGUUGUAUAAGAUGCUCUCAGAAAACUUCAUAUCUCUCCAGGAAAUUCCUAAAACCCCAGACCACGCGCCAUCCAGGACCUUCUAUCUGUACACCGUGAAUGUGCUGUCGGCCGCCAGGAUGCUGUUGCACAGGUGCUAUAAGAGCAUAGCCAACCUGAUAGAAAGGCGGCAGUUUGAAACAAAGGAGAACAGGCGGCUACUAGAAAAGUCUCAGAGGAUAGAAGCCAUCAUUGCAUCAAUGCAGGCCACGGGUGCAGAGGAGGUGCAGCUGCAGGAGAUAGAGGAGAUGAUCACAGCCCCUGAGCGGCAGCAGCUGGAGACGCUGAAACGCAACGUUAACAAGUUGGAUGCCAGUGAGAUCCAGGUAGAUGAAACCAUCUUCUUGCUGGAGUCAUACAUCGAGAGCACCAUGAAGAGACUGUUGUGACCCAGGGGAAGCAGCGCUAGGAUCAAACUCGGGGCCUUUCACAUGCUAGUCAAGUGCUGUACCA